AAAGUCAGUGGCAGACUGAUUACGAUUCAGAGUAGCGGUGGACUUCGGAUAGAGCGGUACCGCGUACCCGCGCGUUUAUCAUCGGGUUCUCCUCUCCUUUAACGUGGAUCGCCAGUCCAUCGUUCCAACCCAAAGUAUUGAUCUCUCUCUCCCCCUCUUAGUCUUCCUUUGCUCUUCGAUUUCAAGUUGAUAGAAAUUUCUGCAUCAUUUCUGCAAAAGCCAUCAGGGAGAGGAAAAAAAGGAGGUCUCUGUCGAAUUGAAAAUCGAACGAGGUGCAUGUAAGUCGCGUAUACGCGAAUACAGCGAGGAAGAAUCAGAAGUUUGAAAAGACCCUGGAGCGAACCGCCAGCGAGGAAAAGACCGCGAGAUCGAUAGUGUUGUGGCAACCACGUUAAAGACCACCACCCUGCCAAGUGGUACUCUAUCUGAGAACUACGGUGGAAACGGUUUUGCGAGUAAAAUUAACGCGACAAGUAACGUCGAGAGCCCGAGAUACGCGACGAUCGAUAUCUAAUGAUAAGUAAGAGUAUCUAUCGUUCAUCAUCUGACGUGGUGAUUCUAGACGGUACGGUAAACGGGGUGUAGGAGAAAAGCACGUGCAACGUGUGUAUUCAGUGUUGGUCGUGACGCGUGCGAGAAACUCACGGGUGAUCAACUCUCCUUAGCGGAAGCUUAACGAGUGGGGUCGAAAAUAUGACGAGGUGGGCCGAGAUCGUUUCACGACAGCGAAGAGCCGACGUCUACUUGAUGGCGAUAGCGCUCCUCGUUUCUUACGCGGAUACGGAAGCGGCGCCCACCGAUGCAAUUAACGACAACAAUGCCGCGAAUUAUCUGUCGCAAUACGGAUACUUGCCGCCGAUAAAUCCAGAAAGUGGCGCCUUUUUAAGUGAGGAAAAGCUGACGGCAGCGAUAGAAGAAUUCCAAGCGUUUGCCGGUCUUAAUAUAACAGGCGAAUUGAACGAAGAGACCGCUAAGCUUAUGGCUACACCAAGAUGCGGUGUUAAAGAUAAAGUUGGACCAGCUGCCGAUGGAAGAUCGAAGAGAUACGCUCUUCAAGGAUCCAGAUGGCGUACGAAGAACUUGACGUACAAAAUUAGCAAGUAUCCAACUGGUCUGAACAAACAGGAAGUGGACAAAGAGAUCGCGAACGCGUUCAGCGUUUGGUCCGGUGAAACUGAUUUGACAUUCAACCGCAAAACAGGACAUGAGAAUGUUCACAUCGAAAUCAGAUUCGAGGUGGGCGAGCACGGCGACGGUGAUCCUUUCGAUGGACCCGGCGGCACCUUGGCACACGCGUACUUUCCCGUCUACGGUGGUGACGCUCACUUCGACGACUCUGAACGAUGGACAAUCAGAAGCUACCGCGGUACCAAUCUCUUUCAAGUCGCGGCUCACGAAUUUGGCCACUCGCUCGGCUUAAGUCACAGCGAUGUCAAGAGCGCCCUGAUGGCACCUUUUUAUCGCGGCUACGAUCCACAUUUCACCCUGGAUCAAGACGACGUCAGCGCGAUUCAGGCUCUAUACGGAAGCAAGACCAAUUCGCGAGGAUCGCGACCUUUGCCGCCUGCCGAGGAAGAUCCUGAAUUGUGUAAGGAUCCCAAGAUCGACGCAAUGUUCAACACCAAGGAUGGCGAGAUAAUUGCGUUCAAGGGGAAAUAUUACUGGAAAUUAACGGACAACGGUGUGGCUAGCGGCUAUCCUAGACGUAUCAGUAGCACGUGGAAGGAGCUGCCGUCAAACAUAGACGCUGCAUUUACAUACAGGAAUGGCAAGACUUACUUCUUCAAGGGCUCGCAAUACUGGAGGUACAUCAACACGACCAUGGACGGUGAGUAUCCGAAGGAAAUUAGCGACGGUUUUACCGGUAUUCCCGAUAACAUCGAUGCGGCUACCGUAUGGACUGGAAACGGCAAGAUCUACUUCUACAAGGGCGCGAAAUUCUGGCGCUUCGAUCCAGCGUCGAAGCCACCGGUGAGAAGUAAUUAUCCCAAGCUCGUGCAAAAUUGGGAAGGCAUACCGAAUCACAUCAACGCGGCAGUUACCUACAAGGGCUACACGUACUUCUUCCAAGAUAACGCUUACUAUCGAUUCAACGACCGAAUGUUCAAGGUGGACGAAGCCAAUCCUGCCUUCCCACGAUCGACAGCGUACUGGUGGUUCGGGUGCAAGUCCGCUAAUAGAGGAACACUAGGUAAUGAUCACUGGCGAAUCGAAUUUGGCAGUAAUCUGGACGUGGCUGAUACUGAUACACACGACGAUUACGGUAGUCUUGACAACGUUGGCGACAUCAUUCUAGACGCAGGAGGAACCGACGAGCUCGUCACAUCGUCGAACCACGAACACGGAAACAAUGGGGCAUCCGCGAGUUGGCUGCAUCCAUCGGAAAGGACGUGGCAGCUUCUGUUCAGCAUCGCGACGGGGAUCAUCGCGAGGUUUGUCGUGGCUACGUAAAGGCAGCGUCGACUUUCGACAUCUCGCGCGAGGCGCGAUCGAUCCUUCUCGAGACUGUGUAUGCACGUGGCGCGAGUUGACCGUGCGCGUUCCCAAUAAUUAAAUAGAUAGCUAGACAAUUUUCGACCAACGAUAUUUUCGCCCCGUGCUUGCACGAGCGGCUGUAGCACGUAUUUCAAUUUGCACCCCUUUUUUUACAUUAUAUAAAUGCAAGCGCAAAGAAAAGAAGAAAGAUACACACGCGCAGUAACGUCUCACACUGCCUAUUUAUUCGCGUGUCCAUCACUUCCAAAGACUUUGAAGGCACUUACUCGACUAGACCUCGCUCGGUGUACAAACUCGGUGACAGUACGACAUUGCGCGACAUGACAAUUGAUAAAGCAAUAAUCCAACUCUUUACUGACAAUACUGUAAAAAAUUCAAGUACUAUGUGAAUAUUAUAUACAUUUUCCUACUUAUGUAAUGUAAAUGCUAAAAUAUUCCACGUAACACCAAGCCUACAUAUUACUUUUAUUCAAUAUCUAAUCUCAUUUGCAUGCGCGAACCAUUUAUACAUAUGUAUGUAUAUAGAUACCUAGUAAUAGUGUCAUCGUUGCUGCGUUGCGAUUAAAGUGACUGUUAUCUAACAAUAAGUGCAAGUGCCUUAGAAAGUAUUUUUGUAAUUUAUACAACUCUCGAAAAUGAAUUGCAAAUGCCAGGUCUGUCUCUCCACGUCGCUUGAAAUCGUUUCACUUGCAUUAUGCGACGUUGAGUGUGCUUCAAUCGAGUUCUUGUUUUAUAUAAACAUUUCCUUUGCGGUUUCUCUUGUAGUCUUAUACCUAUCUCUGUGUAUAUCAGUGCCUCAGAGAUCUACUGCAAGUCAAGUCGCAAAAUUCGAGUAUUUCUCAGUGUAACUUUUCUACUAAACAGUGUUUACUUUCUUUGGAAGGCACUGACACAUGUAUAUAGAAGGAACUAUAUGCAAAUUCAGUCAGACUGAUCUCUGGCAUUAACGGUGCUGUACGUGUGAGAACUUGUCAAGUUCUAUACAGUUGUUACGAAUAAAGUGCCUUUUUGUAGAUUUGACAAAAUAAUGGUGCACUUAAAUCCUUUUGGCAAAGAAAGAAAGAUACUUUGUUCAAUUCGGUAUCAAAUAUUUUAAUGCCUCUAAUACCGCGAAUGUUUCGUCAGUACUUAAUUGUUAAAAAUUAUAUAUUAGCCUUUAAGUAUUAUCAGAGAGUAGAGAAGAAAGGCUUUGUGUAUCUUUCCUCAGUAAUGGUCGAAUAAAAGAAAUCGCUGUCUUAUUGCUCCAUUUUCUUUUAAGCUGGUUAAAUGGUUGGUUACUGUCAAGAACGUGGUCAUGAAAUUUACAAUUGUGCAACGCCUUUCUUCGUCUUACUACUGACAUUAGGGUAUCGAUAAUUGAAACUUGCCACGCUAUUGUGUCGUGCCUUGAAGAAAAUCUCUAUUGUAUUAUAUUUUUCAUCGUCAUACAAAUAUUAAUAAAUACACAUGUUUAUUUUAA